AUGGCGCUCGCCGGACUCCAAAGCUUCAUUGCCGGCCUCGACCCAGGCGGCGCUCUGGCCCAGAUCGCCUACUCCACCACCAACAACCAGCAGCUUGGGUACGGCAAGGACCCCUUUUCCCCUUUCCAGUUCAUCCCUUACGGAACAUGGGACAACUACGGCCGUGGAGACCUGCCCAGCGUGCUCGAACAGGCUUUCCGUGACACCGUCGUCUUGGGCCAUCAGAGGGACGGGAGCAAAGACCCGGACUACUCCUUCAUCGACAUCCUGCAGCUGGCGGAGCCGUCCGCAGAAUUCUUCAACGAAAAGCUGCAUGAGGGCCCCGACGCCGGCAAGACCUUGAUCCAGAUCAUUGCCGAGACCGUCGAUGGCGUGGGACCCACUGUCACGCCUGUCAUUCGCUUCCUGGCCGGCUUUCCUAGCCCUCCCGCCAAGAAUAUCUGCCCUGAGAACUUCACCGAGGUGUUCUGGCCUGGCGGCAAGCCCAUCUUCAAGCACCCCAAGGCCAUGCUCUACGGCGUCGUCAAGAAAUGGGUCAACUCUCUGAUCGACCUGAACCCCGAUAACUACCCAUACGUACCUUGGAACGUCAUUGACUUUCUGAACCACACGAUGAACGACUUUUCCAGGGAUCUCUUUAGUCUCUUCAUUGAGGGCUUGUCCUCUCUGACCCUAAGUCCGCCCAGCUGGAAUCACGCCAAAAUCGUGGCAGUCGACGGUCGGGCCCUUUUGACAGGAGGCGGGAACUACUACGACCUCUACACCUCCAAAGGUGGCGGGAGCCUCAUCGACAACGACAUCACUAUUCUGGGGGACGCAGCGCUUGCGGCGCACAACUAUUCCGACUAUCUGUGGGAGUAUCUAAACGGCAAUCAGGUAUCAAAGAACGACCCAGCCGGCGUCAUCUGGUCCGCGCCGCUGAACGGUUCCGCACCCCAAGGCGGGAUCCCCCUUGGAAGAUCUGCUCCCUUGUUCCCCCAGAAUACCCCUCGCCUCAGCGGGAACAAAGUCCCCGUGCUUUCCGUGGGCAAGAUUGGAAACUUCCAGCUUGCACUCGGCAUUGCGUACCCUGCGCAACUACUUGAUGCUGUCAGAGAUAUCAUCAACCAGAUUCUCUUCGAAGUUCUCUCCGCAUUCUCUGACCCUCUCAGCUCUUAUAUUGCGUCGCUUGUCAACGGCACGAGUGAUGUCAAUGUCAUGUCGGAUCUCAAGAGCCUCGGCGUCACCCCUGCCGCUUGGGCCAGCCGCGCGGCUCGUGUGCACGCCAUCUCGCAGGCAAGGGACAACCAGAUGUCCCAGCAGAUGCUUGUCAAUUGGGACUUGACAGCAAACGAGUACACGAAAUUCGCCAUCAACUUCAUCAACAGCUGGUUCAAUAAAAAAAUCCCCGAAAUAACCUUCCACUGGGACGGCAAGGUCUGGCCAUAUGACCUUCUUAUGGCAAUCUCCACAGCGCUGGUUUCCAUCGACACCAACCACCCAAAGGACCCCGAAAAGGGCUUCUACCUGGUGCUCAGCGAACGCGUCAACGACCCGCUCGGGUACCAAGACAACACAACGCUCACGGAGCUCAAGAGCCGCCUCCAGAUAGUCAUGAGCGGCAUGGCCAAGUCGGGCCUCGUCAAUCCCGUCUCGGACGUCUCGACGAUUUUGGAAACGAGGUUCCACGCCAAGCGCAGUGUUCUCGACUCCCCCUCUCUGCCGCACAGCAAGAGGCUGCACACCAAGGUUGUGGACGUGGACUCAUCCCUGCUCUACAUCGGCUCCGACAACGCCUACCCGCAGUGGAACGAGCAGUUUGGUGUCUGGAUCCAGGAGCAGGAAAGCGUCAAGGCUUGGGAGGAUGGGUUCUUUUGGGGGCUUUGGAAGCGGGCUUUGGUGGUUGAUUAG